UUCCCGAGUUCGGAGCCCAGGAGUCCCCGAGGCUGUGGCGCAGGUGCCCUCCGCCUUGGUCGGGAUGGAGCUGCCCGCGGUGAACUUGAAGGCCAUCCUCCUGGUUCACUGGCUGCUGACGACCUGGGGCUGCAUCGUGUUCUCGGGCCCCUACACCUGGGCCAACUUCACCAUCCUGGCCUUGGGCGUGUGGGCCGUUGCUCAGCGGGACUCCAUCGACGCCAUAAGCAUGUUUCUGGGUGGCUUGGUGGCCACCAUCUUCCUGGACAUCGUCCACAUCAGCAUCUUCUACCCUCGGAACGGCCUCACGGACACGGAGCGCUUUGGCGCUGGCAUGGCCAUCCUCAGCCUGCUCCUCAAGCCGUUCUCCUGCUGCCUCAUCUACCACAUGUACCGGGAGCGCGGGGGUGAGCUCCCACUCCACACCGGUUUCCUUGGACCUUCACAGGAGCACAGCGCCUAUCAGACAAUUGACUCGUCAGAGGCGCGCACGGAGCCCUUUGCCAGCCCAGAUGGCAGAGGUCACACCUCCCAAGGGUACUGAAGGCAGCCCCGCUGUCCUCGGCCCCAGCCCAGGAGCCUGUUAGAUAAACUGCGGGGAGGCCUGGGCUGCAUCGCCUUCCUUGUGCCUUGGAUGGCGUUCCAGGGGUGUACCUGACCCCGCUUUCUUGGACCUAACCUGGAAUGUUCUCUUCUGUUCCCCGUAUCGGCCGUUGCCUGACUGAAGUGCCCUGAGAGGCCAGGAGUCCCCGUCUACACCCAUCCCAAGCUCCCCGAGGCCUCCCCUCCCUUCCAGGUACCCCACUGGUCCCAGGCUGGGGACCCUGGUUGCUUUCUUCACCUGCACCCUUAGCUGCUCCAUGCAGGCCCCGGCCGAGCCACGCCUGAGCCUGCAGGGCCAGGCCUCUAAGGGCAGUGAUGCCCCUGCCCCGGGCCUUCCCCGCAGUUUGUGGAGCCCUCUGCAGAAGCUCUGAGAGCUUCGGGUCAUGCUCAGCCCCGGGAGCAGACCAGCAUGGGGGUCAACUCCCUGUGCUUCUCACUGUCUGGCCACUUGGUACGUGGAGCCCCUGGGGCUGGAGGCAGGGGGUGUCUGUAGCACCUGAGACCCACCACAGCUUCCAGCUGCCCUUCUCAGAACCAGGGCAUUAAAGCUUGGGGAAUGUUGUAGCUGGCUGUGUUUGGAGGCCUGUUUGAUCUCCCGGCUGGGCUGGGGCCCGGACCUGCCAUUCCUAGGAAGAUUUCUCCUGUGAAUCCCCAGGGCACCUGGGCUUAGCUGCCUGUUCUGUUGUGGCAGGAGGGGGCAGGGGCUCGCGACUAGCUGGGCCUGCCCUGUGCCCAGCUCUGGCCUGGCUGAGGCCCCAGCAGGGGAGGACACUGUUCCGUGUGGCAAAUGGGUCUCCAUUUCUCUGAAUCAGACAACUCGGGUAUUGGUUUGAAUCCUGCUCUGCUACUGACUGGCAUGUGCCCUUGGGCAACUUAACGUCUCUGACCUCAGUGUCUUCUGGAAAAGGGCUGAUGCCUGCCAGAGGGUGAUGAUGCAAAUGAAAUGUAAAGUGCCUCCCCUGGGGAAGGGCUCUGUAAACGACAGCAAAGUUGUUAGUGGGGUUGCUCCUUGAGCCCGUGAUGAUGUUGGGUCAGGAGGCAUGGGGUGACCUCUUCCUGGUGGGCCCUGUGUCUUGGCCUCAGAGCUGACUGGGACUGACCCCUGCCCAGAAGCUCCAAGGGUCCCAUGACCGGGGCCCUACCCCACUUCGACUGGGUGGGCAUUGGCCACUGCGCCCCAGGUGUCUGGGCUUUCCCAGGCCAUCCUGGCUUGUCCUCGGCACGAAGAGGUCAAGACCUAGCGCACAGCCCCCACCGUGCCACCGUUUCCAUCGAUCCGAAGAGGCUGAGCACCUCCCACAAGUGGGCAAGGGCUUAGGGAUACAGGGGUGAACUCCGACGCCUGCUCUCGGGGAACAGACCUUAAGAGUCCUCCGUUGGGAGACAAGAGCCCUAAAAGCAGGGAACACGGGCCUCUGGGCAGGGACUCGUGCUCUGGGGCCAAAGGAUGCUGAGCGGCUGCAGCUGCGGAAAACUGGAGACAGCCUCACUGCGAGAAGCGGAUGGACAGAUAAGCCGUGGUGCGUUCACUCUAUGGGAUCCUGUGAGCAGUGCAAGUGAAUAAACCAGACCUGUUUCUGUUGAUGUUGGUCCCCCCAGAUGUGAACAAAACAGACUGCAGAAUGGCGUGUGCAAUAUGAGAGCAUUAGUGUGUAUUUAAAACCUCACAGUGAUACGGUA